CGACACAUGGAUUUUUUCCCCUAAAUCUCGCCGACAUGAGUGAGAGUUGAGAGCGUAGUUGAGCAUAGUUGAGCAUAGUUGAGCAGCUGCCUCUCAACCUCCCCUAUUGCUGCGUGACAAUCACAAUGUCGGACGCACCGAUUGCUCUUCUCUCUGUCUAUGACAAGACUGGCCUAUUGCCAUUUGCCAAAAGUCUAAAAGACUUGGGUUUCCGACUAUUGGGAAGUGGUGGCACGGCCAAACAGAUAAGAGAGGCCGGUAUCGAGAUCGAAGAUGUCUCCUCCAUCACCAAAGCACCUGAAAUGCUAGGAGGACGAGUCAAGACUCUGCAUCCUGCUGUUCAUGGAGGAAUCCUGUCUCGAGACAUCGAAUCAGACCUUGCAGAUCUCUCGGCCAAUUCUAUAGCUCCCAUCUCCAUCGUGGCUUGCAAUCUCUACCCCUUCGUACUUCAAACGGCCAAGCCUGACUGCACUUUGGCUGGAGCCAUAGAGGAGAUCGAUAUCGGAGGUGUGACUCUACUUCGAGCAGCGGCGAAGAACCACAUCCGAGUGACCAUCGCAUCUCAACCUUCCGACUACGAUACCAUUAUCUCCGAGUGGAAGAGCUCUGGAAAGGUUUCUGAUGCCACAAAGCGAGGAUUGGCCUUGAAGGCAUUUGAACAGACAAAAGGUUACGACGAGGCCAUCUCCGACUACUUCAGGAAGGUGUACAGCUCUUUGGGCUCUGAAGCGGAGUUGAAAGCGGGUGCAGGAGUCGAAUAUCAGAGAUUACCGCUCAGAUAUGGCGCCAACCCGCAUCAGAAGCCUGCUCAAGCGUUUGUCGAACAGGGAGAAAUGCCUAUCACAGUCGUCUCUGGUUCUCCCGGUUACAUCAACCUUUUGGAUGCGCUUAAUUCGUGGGCCCUCGUUAAAGAGCUCUCUGCAGCUCUCGACCUCCCAGCAGCCGCUUCCUUCAAGCAUGUCUCGCCCGCCGGAGCUGCCGUCGGACUUCCGCUCAAUGACAUAGACGCAAAAGUAUUCGGGGUGGAGGAUAUCAAAGACAUGUCCCCGUUGGCAUGUGCCUACGCUCGGGCCAGAGGCGCCGACCGAAUGUCUUCAUUCGGUGACUUUAUCGCCUUGUCUCACACCGUCGACACGCCUACUGCCAAGAUCAUAUCGCGAGAAGUAUCAGACGGUGUGAUCGCCCCUGGUUUCGAACCGGAAGCGCUCGAGAUUCUGCAGAAGAAGAAGGCUGGGAAGUAUUGCGUCCUCCAGAUGGACCCGGCGUACGAGCCACCAGAGAUUGAGACCCGUCAGGUGUAUGGAAUCUCCCUUCAGCAGAAGCGAAACGACUGCAAGAUUGAUUCUUCAUUGUUCAAAAACGUGGUGACCAAGAACAAGGACCUCCCGGAAUCCGCUCUGAUUGACCUCACAGUCGCCACCCUUGCUCUGAAAUACACUCAAUCCAACUCUGUCUGCUAUGCCCUCAACGGCACUGUCAUCGGUCUUGGAGCUGGUCAGCAAUCCCGUAUUCACUGUACCAGGCUGGCAGGUGACAAGGCCGACAACUGGUGGCUGAGGCAUCAUUCUCGCGUUCUGGAUCUGCCAUUCAAGAAGGGGACCAAGAGAGCAGAUAAGGCCAACGCGAUUGAUCAAUUCGUCACCGGUAUUGCGUUCGAGUCAGAAGGAGGAGAGAGGCAACAAUGGGAAGGGCUAUUCGAGACUGUCCCAUCACCAUUGACAGCGGAAGAAAAGGCAUCGCAUAUGUCUCAGCUGAAGAACGUCGUCUGCUCUUCUGAUGCGUUCUUCCCCUUCCCCGACAACGUCCAUCGAUGCGUCAAGAGUGGUGUAGGAUAUAUUGCAGCUGCUAGCGGCAGCAUCAUGGAUCAGCAGUGCAUCAAGGCGGCGGACGAGGCUGGGAUCGUCUUCUGUCACACUGACCUGCGGCUCUUCCACCACUAAGGUUGGUGGUCUAGGUCUAGAUUUCCGUUGAGUCUCAGGUGGCAUUUGCGGAAGUGGGUUAGCAGAUAUGUUCUGUAUUGCCUGCGGAAUAGAAUACAUCAUAUGUGUCCUAGACUCGGCGUGCAUGAAGUCUCUGAGGGAGGAGGUGGGGAAAUGAAAGAUGAGAGUGAUAUCAGCGUCCGCCCUCGGGGUCACCGGUUGAAUUGAGCCGAAGCGUGUUCGGUAAUUGAAAAAAAUCGUCAGCCUUUUUUCAACUUCAUUUGAAAAAAAGAAAGAAAGAAAGAAAGAAAGAAAGAAA